AUGCCCUUUGUCGAUCACAAUAAAUACAAGAUUCAGAGGGAGGAUUUGCCAGCCCUUCCCCAUUUCACAGAUUUUAACGACCCCCGCUUCUGUGGGACCAACAACAAACAGAAGAAUGGUAUACUUGCGUACUACCAGUGGCUUCACUGUGUUGGAAACUGGGGAGAGGAACAUUCCAUGUGCAAGAAGAUGCGGUGGUACGUGGAACGCAUGAUGCAGGAGGUUUGGUUGGAAAAAUGGGAGGAGAAGCGUGCUCUAGGACAUUUUGAUCACGUUCUUCUGUACGGUGUUAAACCGUGGAAAGACUUUGAGCCGUUGUACCAACCUGUAAAGACAAACCGCAAGGGCGCCUACGAGUUCUGGCUGGACCGCGACUUUGAACCACUUUAUGAUGCCGAUGCUUCGGAUUUCUGCGAAAAAGCACCGAUUCUCCAUGACAUUUUUGUCAAGGGGAAGAAACCCGUAUAUGAUGAGUAG